UGUGUGUGUGUGUGUGUGGGUCGGGUUUGAAGAACAAAUGUAAGACUUCAUUUCAACAAAGUGUGACUUUUGCAUCUGGAUGUUGUGGACGUCUAAAAUGCUGGUGUGCUUUUAUCUUCUCCUUCUUCUCCACCUCAAUGAAGGCUGCAGGCUGGAAGAAAAUAGACAGACAAAAGAGAUCACUGCAUACACAGGAGACUCAGGACUGCUGCCCUGCUCCUGCACUGACCUCCACACCAAACCUCAGAACUUCAGAUGGAAGAAAUACAUUAAUCCGAAUAAUUGGGAACAGAUAUCUCCUGAAAAAGAGGAGUACAAGGACAAAUUUCAGCUGGUAAAUAAUAACUCUCCAGGAAAUCUCUCUCUGCUCAUAUCACACCUGACUGUAGAGGAUGGAGGAUAUUACAGGUGUAGCACAGUGAGUGAAUACACAGACAUCAGACUCACUGUUGAAGGUUGCACACUGAAUCAUGAGACAGCGUAUGUGAUUGGCUACAUGGGACAGUCUGUCCUUCUUCCCUGUUCCUGCACUGAACUACAAGCCAAACCGCAAACUUUUAACUGGGAAUUUCGAAAAGAUUCCGAUUACGAGGAGAUCUUUCCAAAAGAUGAGAAAAAUCUCUACACACACAGAGUUCAGCUCAUUAAUGAACGUCCUCCAGGAAAUCUCUCUCUACUCAUAUCACGUCUGACUGCAGAGGAUGGAGGAUGGUACAGGUGUUCGAUCAGCAACACAAUCUUGACGAACAUCAAACUUACAGUAAAAGAGGCCACAGAAAAACCUGCUGUUCAAAAAGAUUCUGACAACACCGUCAUCAUCAUCAGCUCUGUUAUUGUUGCAGUGCUGCUGCUGGUUGUAGUUGGAGCAUUCAUGUACUGGAAACAUAGAGGACAGAGACGAGGACAGAUCAUUGAUGGAGAAACAGGAAAGCAGAAUGAUUCUGCUGUUCUGUAUGCUGUAUGCAAUUCGUCAACUGAACACAACAUAGUAGAAAAAAAGGAUGAUGUGAUGUACUCGACUAUAGUCCACAGUAACGCUCAGGGAACAGCAUACACUCCGGUGCCAUCAGAAGAUACUACAGUGUAUGCCAUCAUCAAAUAACUAACACACACACAUGCUUAUCUCCAAUACCAUGCUUAUCUCCAAAACCAGCAGGUGGCAGUGGUGUGCAUUCGGCAUCCAAACAGGGACACCCGGAAGAACUACAACUGUGAAUAUAUAAAGCAAGCAGUGUUUACACCUGCCGCAAUCAUUACUAGCAGAUUCGUGUAGCUUUUUUUUUUAAUGAUGUCUGCUAAUUUAUAAAGACAAGAGCAAGAUUGACAACAAGCGUUCCGGUUUUUUUUUUCUCUCGUGUGUUCAUUUGCUAGGCUAAGCUAAGCUAAGGGGAGUGGUAGGCACUGGGUUACUGAUUGGAAGGUAAGUGGUUCAAGCCCCAGAAUCGCCAAGCUGACACUCUUGAGCCCUUGAGCAAGGCCCUUAACCCUCUGUGCUCCAGGGGCGCCGUACAAUGGCGUACCAAGCAUCGGGCAGAGAAAAACCCAUAUCGAUUGACCUCUAAUAAAAUUGUUUGAUACAUUUUGAUUACAUACAUUAUGAUGCAUUAUACGUUGAUUGUGUUACUGUACUUACAUAAUAAAACAAAGUGUCUACCUAACACACCUAACAAAAACUCAGCACAAUAAAAGAGUGUAACUAAG